AUGGGUCUGCUCUCCGAAGGAAGCCCCCUGAGCUGGGAAGAGACGAAGAAAUUGUCCGAUCACGUGCGCAAGCAUGGAGUUAUUCAAUUUAUUAACCUGUACAAGCGGCUCCGAGAUAGACAAGGAGACGUUCUUAAGUGGGGCGACGAGGUAGAAUAUAUACUCGUAAAAUUUGAUGACAAUGCAAAAACUGCAAAGCUCAGUUUAAGAGCUAUGGAAAUAUUAAGAAUCUUAAAUGAGAGAGAAAAUGAGGAUCCAGAUAAUGUAAAAUCUCUUUGGAGACCAGAAUAUGGCGCUUAUAUGUUGGAAGGAACUCCAGGAAAACCAUAUGGAGGAUUAUUAGCUCAUUUUAACGUUGUUGAAGCUAAUAUGCGUUAUCGGAGACAAGAGGCAACAAAGUUACUCCAACCUAAUGAGGUCUUAAUGUCAUUAACUGUUUUUCCAAGAGUAGGAGCUUCAGAUUUUACCGAUCCUUCUUCUUAUCCAACACCUAAUGCUGGCGCUUCUAAGAGCUUAUUUUUUCCUGAUGAAGCUAUAUAUCCCGGUCAUCCACGUUUCAAGACACUGACCAGGAAUAUUAGAGAACGACGUCAAGAAAAAGUUGCUAUAAACAUUCCUAUUUUCAGAGAUGAAAAUGUGCCAUUAUUAUUCAAAGAAGACUUUAUCAGCAAGGGAGAUGAUGGAUCUUCUUCAAAAGCUGCUAAAGAUAAUUACAUUUACAUGGACGCAAUGGGUUUUGGAAUGGGAUGUUGUUGUUUGCAACUUACGUUUCAAGCAUGUAAUAUAGAAGAAGCGAGAACAUUGUACGAUCAAUUGACACCUUUAUGUCCAAUCAUGUUGGCUUUAACCGCUGCAAGUCCGUUUUAUCGAGGCUAUAUAAGCGAUGUUGAUUGUCGAUGGAAUGUCAUAUCCUCGUCAGUGGACUGUAGGACAAAGGAAGAACGUGGAUUGAAACCUCUUAAAGAGAACAAAUUUAGAAUUAGUAAGUCCAGGUACGAUUCUAUUGAUUCGUACCUUAGCGAGCAAGGUGAAAAGUAUAAUGAUGUUCCUUUGACGUACGACGAUGAGAUAUAUAAACAACUUGUGGAUAAUGGAAUUGAUCACUUACUUGCGCAACACAUAGCUCAUCUGUUCAUCAGAGAUAGUGUUUCCUUAUUUUCCGAGAAAGUUCAUCAAAAUGAUUUGGAGGAUACUGAUCACUUCGAGAAUAUACAGUCUACAAACUGGCAAACUAUGCGCUUUAAACCGCCACCUCCAAACUCAUCUAUUGGUUGGCGUGUAGAAUUCCGUCCAUGUGAAGUUCAAAUUACGGACUUCGAAAAUGCCGCGAUAGUUUGUUUCACAGUACUGUUGACGAGAGUCAUUCUGAGUUACAAGUUAAAUCUUUUAAUCCCGAUCAGCAAAGUCGAUCAGAAUAUGAUCAGGGCACAGAACAGAGAUGCAGUGAAAUUAGAGAAAUUUUGGUUUCGUCAUAAUAUUACUUCCGAUAAAAAGUCCGACAACACUUUGACGGAGUAUACUGAGUUUACAAUCAAUGAAAUUAUUAACGGAAAGAAUGGUGUUUUUCCUGGUCUUGUGCCACUUGUGAAUUCGUAUCUAGCUAAUAUGAAUGUAGACGCUGAUACACACUGCACUAUUCAAAGAUACCUAAAAUUAAUACAGAAACGAGCUUGUGGUGAACUGUUAACAACUGCCGCUUGGCUAAGAAAAGAAGUCACUUCACAUCCUGAAUAUAAGCAUGAUGCCGUAAUAACACAGCGCAUCAAUUACGAUUUACUAAAAAAAAUUCAUAACAUCGUUUCUAAUGAUGUAUCGUGUCCGGAAUUACUUGGACAAUGUGUAUUGUCUAAAACUACUGAUACUAUACCUGCUGCUGUUGCUAAAGCGGAAAAGUGUUCAACAAUAAAUUGUUAAUAACAGUGAUGUCAGAAUUUCAGGCAAACUAGUCAUCGAGCCAUUUUCGUACAUUUUUGUAAGAUGAAGCGCUGCUCAGCAAAUGCGUGUCCCAUCGAUGCAAAUAAGUAAUAAUCGGAUGCAGCCAAGUCUGGUGAGUAAGCCGCAUGCAAAAGUAUUUCCCAACCAAACGCCUCAAUCAUUUCCUUGACCGGUUUUGCUGUGUGUGAUGAUGAAUUAUCAUGAAGCAAAAUCACUUUGUGUUGUCUUUUUUGAUAUUCUGAUCGUUUUUCACGCAAAGCUUGAUUCAAAUCGAUCAUUUGUUGUCGGUAGCGUUCAGUAUUAACGGUUUCGCCAAGUUUUAGCAGUUCACAAUAUAUCACUUCUGAUCCCAUCAAACACAGAUCUUUUACGCUUAGGAUUCUCAAAAUAUAUCCACUUUUCAUCGCCAGUCACAAUUCGAUGGAGAAAUGACUCGUUUCUCACGUCAAAAUCGCCACUUUUGAAUUUUUUAAACCACUCAAAGCAUUGUGAUUUACCAAGAGCAUGCUUACCGUAAGCUUCGACAAGCAUUCGAUGCGAUUCUGCAGCAGUUUUCUUUAAAUGGUAACAGAAAAUCAAUGCUGUCCGCAAAUUGUAGUUUCCAGGCACAAAAUUCAACAUGUUCAACGCUAUUAAAAACUAUGCUGUUGUAUGAAACUUGUAUUGUUUUGAAUUGAAAAUCUUUAUCAGAUGUCAAAACAAGAAAAUGGCGCCAAUAACGCGGUUUGACGGUGUCUACAUUGACAGCUAGCGCCAUCUAUGGGCAAAUUCCGAUUUUAUAUUUACAGACCUGGUAUAUCGAUAUUGUAUUGAUAUUUACCGGAAAUUUUUAUUACCUGAAACUGGGCGUGAAUCUAAAUAAAUAAAGAAGAUAAAAAAAGACAUUACAGCUAUUUAUUUCUACUAAAAAAUUUUUAUUGUAAAUGAUUUUUCGUAAAAUUUAAAAACAAACAAAAAUUAAUUAGUAUUUGUCAUUGGCAAUCUGUUAACGAAUCACAGAUUCAAAGAAAACGUGUUUUUACUUAAAAGAAAUAAAUAAUAUUUAUAGUUCCUCUUGCAACCACUGAUUUUUUUUUUUAAUUAGUUUAUCAACUUUUAAACUCUUUAGACGGUUUUGUCUUUUAUUUAGUAUAGACCCUGGCCUUUGAAAAAAUUUCUUUGGAAGGAACUGAUGUAACCGGAACACAAAAAUAUUUAUGUGCUAGCGAAGGCAAUGGAUUAAAAUUUGUAUUAGAUUUCCAAAAAUUAAGAGGAUUUUUUUUUUAUCGAUAUUAGGUGUUGUAAAUAUUGAUGUACAGUAAUUAUUGCAUCACUUGUUGGAAUUGCCAUGGCAUUUUUACACGUUUAUCUAGAAAUCCGAGAAGUCCUGAUUGACAGAUAUUGUCCAUAUCAGUAGCUGAUGUAGAUGAUAAAGAAGUAUAUAAAAUUUCAUUUCUGGUGUUGCGUUAAUUAAGCGUAUUUCAUUUUGUAAAUAAAUUUGUGCCUGGGAAGCAUUAUCUAUAUUUCGGAAACCUAAUUUUUUGACUCGGGGAUUCAAUAAAGUUGCACAUUUUGAAAUUGAUCGUGUUUCGUAUUUAUUAUCUAUAGUAAUCUAUUAAUUAUACCUUGCUUUAAAUUUCUCAACAUAAUUUUUCCUGCCUCUGUUUUUAUUUCUAAUUUUUUAAGAGUUUCUUCAAUACCCAAUGUUACAGAAAUAAUUAAAGCUGUUGAAACAUAACUAUUUCCAGAUAUUAUUUUAGUUGCAUCAUUUAUUGGCGUUAAAAUCGAAAUGACAUCCUGAAUAAUACGCUGUUCAGACAAAUUUAAUGGUUCUAGAUUUUUCUCAGAUUUAAUUAAAGCCAAAGUGAGAGCAUCACCAGCGUUUGGUAUGCGAUACAACAUUUCAUAUAGGUUACCCCAUCUAGUUAUUAUCUCUUGUUUAAAUUUGACAUACGGUUUCUUAACAUUCCGAAAUUCGUUUUUUAGAAUGGAUGUCGCCAAAGCACUAUGACGAAAAUGUGCAACAAUCAUUUUACAUUUUUCAAUUACAAUUGUUAACUCCGGAUUUUGUUUGAGUAAAUCAGUUACAACUAACUGCAAUGUGUGAGCAAAGCAUGGCAUGUGUUUUUUUUUAAUAAAUCACAAGCUUUAAUCAUUGCAUGAAUUAUCUGUGACUAUUGCCACGACUUUGUUUAUUAUAUUUCAUCGAUACAUUAUAUUUUCUAACGCUUCUUUUAUUGCUUUACUUGUAUGACUAUCUUUUAAUAUUUCUGUAUUUAAAGACAGCUCUCAAUUUAUGUUCAUGUACAAAAUGACAUGUUACAGACAAAUAUACGUCCAUAGACUGACUCGUCCAAUUAUCCGUCGUUAAAGAAACAAACUGAAUUAAUUCAAGACAUUUCGUCAAUUUAUUUUGAAGAGUUUCAUAAGUUCUUGUCAAAAUAGUUCUAAAAUGAGUAUUAUUUGAUAUUUUGUAAUCAGGUUUAAGUAUACAUAAAAGUUGCCGAAAGCCAAAGUCAUUUACAAUUGAAAAUCGUUUGUAAUCAUAGGCUAUCAUCAACUUUAUCGUUUUAGUAAUUGAUUCAUCAGUUGAUGUUGAAUGUUUUACCGUAAAAUUUAAUAUAUUCUUUGUUGUAUUUUCUUGUACUAAAUUUUGACUUGUUAAAAGACUGAAAGAUGAUGAUUAAUCUGAAGUAUUGGAAGAUACAUACAAUACUGCUGGAUGUUUUCUUAAUAAAUGUUUCAUUAAAUUAGAGGUAUUACCACUAGUUUUUAUUAAUUGCUUACAAUGUUUACAUAUUUUGUUUACCGAAUUUUUAUUUUCAAAAUGUUUUUUUGUAUCAGAAUGUUUGCGUGGAGCCAUCCUAAAAAA